AUGGCUGGGGUGUUGAGUGAGAAGUCUGGAGUGGGUAAGUCGCGUGGGCAGACUAGUACCAGGGAAGCAUUGGCGGAAUGGAGAUCAUCUCAGCAGGUGGAGAAUGGAAUCACAGCUACUUCUCCCCCUUAUUGGGACUCGGAGGAAGACGAUGACGGACCAAAACCUUCCGAGUUAUAUGGGAAAUAUACAUGGAAGAUAGAAAAGUUUUCCCGGAUUAUCAAUAGGGAACUUCGCAGUAAUGCGUUUGAGGUUGGAGGCUACAAAUGGUAUAUUUUAAUUUAUCCACUAGGUUUUGAUGUAAACAAUCAUCUGUCGCUGUUUCUGUGUGUAGCUAAUCAUGACAAACUUCUUCCAGGAUGGAGUCAUUUUGCACAAUUUACAAUUUCUGUGGUCAAUAAAGACCCAAAGAAAUCAAAAUAUUCUGAUACAUUGCACCGAUUUAGGAAGGAUCAGCAUGACUGGGGAUGGAAAAAGUUUAUGGAGCUGUCAAAGGUGUAUGACGGAUUUGUUGACACUUCUGAUAAUUUGAUAAUAAAAGCUCAAGUUCAAGUCAUCAGGGAGAAAUCAGACAGGUUAUUCCGUUGUCUUGAUUCUCAUUAUAGGAGGGAACUUGCUACGGUAUAUUUGAAAGAUGUAGAACAAAGUUUUGUGGAGGAAAGAAGCAAGCUUGGGAAGUUGAUUGAGGAUAAAGCUAGUUUCUUUGAUUUCUUGAGGGACAUUGACCAAACAUCUAGGUCCCGGAUGUCCAGGGAGAAGACAGAUGUAAUUUUAAAAGCUGUAGUGAAACACUUUUUUAUUGAGAAUGUAGUCACUUCUUCUUUGGUAAUGGAUUCCUUGUAUAGUGGAUUGAAGGCUCUUGAGGGCCAGACUAGCAAGAAAGGUUUGGUAAAAUUGUUGGAUUCUGAAGAAAUAGCAGCACCUAUUGUCCGUGUUGAAAAGAACAUGUUUGUACUGGCGGAUGACGUUUUACCACUUCUUGAAAGGGCUGCUAUAGAACCACUCCCUCCAAAAGAUGAAAAUGGUCCUCAAAAUCUUACAAAGGAUGGAAACUCUGGGGAGGAUUUCAAUAAAGAUUCUAUGGAGCGUGAUGAAAGGCGUCUCACCGAAUUAGGGCGCAGGACUUUUGAAAUAUUUGUCCUUGCUCAUAUAUUCAGCAACAAAAUUGAGGUUGCUUAUCAAGAAGCUGUUGCCCUAAAGAGACAAGAAGAACUCAUUCGUGAAGAAGAGUCAUUGCGGCAAGCUGAAAAUGAUAAGAAAGCAAAACGUGGAGUGGGAAAGAAGUCAAAGAAAAAACAGGUUGUUACAAAUUGA